AUGGACGACUUUUCCGCAUCGACACAGAAUCGGAAGCGCGAGCCCGCUGGGCCGGAAUCGCUCGAAGAUAUUCGCGCAGCCAUUGCAAACAUCGAGGCCGACUACCGGGCGAAGGGUGUCACUCUAAGUGGCCGCAUCGUGCACGCAUGUCACUACUUACCCAUCGUUAGCCGUCUGAAUACUGGCGAGACACCAAGAGUCGAACGCAGCGGCCUCGCUACGCCUCCCCGCACCCCCGAUUUUUUGCCCCGCUCUCCAGAACCUGAUGUCGUAUCCCCUGGCCCUUCUCUCGACGGAGCGAUUCUCGACCAGGAGAAGAUGCGCCCCCUCGCUGGGUACUAG